CCUCGCCAUGGGGGACGUGCUGUCCACGCACCUGGACGACGCCCGGCGCCAGCACAUCGCAGAGAAAACCGGGAGGAUCCUGACCGAGUUCCUGCGUUUCUAUGAGGACCAGUAUGGCGUGGCGCUCUUCAACAGCAUGCGCCACGAGAUCGAGGGCACUGGGCUGCCGCAGGCGCAGCUGCUCUGGCGCAAGGUGCCACUGGAGGAGCGCAUCAUCUUCUCGGGGAACCUCUUCCAGUACCAGGAGGACAACAAGAAGUGGCGGAACCGCUUCAGCCUCGUGCCCCACAACUAUGGGCUGGUGCUGUACGAGAACAAAGUGGCCUAUGAGCGGCAGGUCCCACCCCGAGCUGUCAUCAACAGUGCAGGCUACAAAAUCCUCACCUCCGUGGACCAGUACCUAGAGCUUGUUGGCAACUCAUUACCAGGCACCACUUCGAAAUCGGGCAAUGCCCCCAUCCUCAAGUGUCCCACACAGUUCCCACUCAUCCUCUGGCAUCCUUAUGCACGUCACUACUACUUCUGCAUGAUGACAGAAGCUGAGCAGGACAAGUGGCAGGCUGUGAUGCAGGACUGUGUCCGGCACUGCAACAAUGGGAUCCCGGAGGACUCCAAGGUGGAGGGCCCUGCGUUCACGGAUGCCAUCCGCAUGUACCGCCAGUCGAAGGAGCUGUAUGGCACCUGGGAGAUGCUGUGUGGGAACGAGGUGCAGAUCCUGAGCAACCUGGUAAUGGAGGAGCUGGGCCCCGAGCUGAAGGCAGAGCUCUCCCCGCGGCUGAGGGGAAAGCCCCAGGAGCGGCAGCGGCAGUGGAUCCAGAUCUCCGACGCCGUGUACCGCAUGGUGUACGAGCAGGCGGAGGCGCGCUUCCAGGGCGUGCUGUCCAAGCUGCAGCUGGCCCGGCCGGCCAUGGAGGCCGUCAUCCGCACCGACAUGGACCAGAUCAUCACCUCCAAGGAGCACCUGGCCAGCAAGAUCCGAGCCUUCAUCCUCCCCAAGGCCGAGGUGUGCGUCCGGAACCACGUCCAGCCCUACAUCCCGUCCAUCCUGGAGGCCCUGAUGGUGCCCACCAGCCAGGGCUUCACUGAGGUGCGCGACGUCUUCUUCAAGGAGGUCACCGACAUGAACCUGAACGUCAUCAACGAGGGCGGCAUCGACAAGCUGGGCGAGUACAUGGAGAAGCUGUCCCAGCUGGCCUACCACCCCCUGAAGAUGCAGAGCUGCUACGAGAAGAUGGAGCCGCUGCGGCUGGACGGGCUGCAGCAGCGUUUCGACGUGUCCAGCACCUCCGUGUUCAAGCAGAGAGCCCAGAUCCACAUGCGAGAGCAAAUGGACAACGCAGUGUACACCUUCGAGACCCUCCUGCACCAGGAGCUGGGGAAGGGGCCCACCAAGGAGGAGCUGUGCAAGUCCAUCCAGCGGAUCCUGGAGCGCGUGCUGAAGAAAUACGACUACGACAGCAGCUCGGUGCGGAAGAGGUUCUUCCGGGAGGCGCUGCUGCAGGUCACCAUCCCCUUCCUGCUCAAGAAGCUGGCACCCACCUGCAAGUCGGAGCUGCCUCGCUUCCAGGAGCUGAUCUUCGAGGACUUCGCCAGGUUCAUCCUGGUGGAGAACACGUACGAGGAGGUGGUGCUGCAGACGGUGGUGAAGGACAUCCUGCAGGCUGUGAAGGAGGCCGCGGUGCAGCGGAAGCACAACCUGUACCGGGACAGCAUGGUCAUGCACAACAGUGACCCCAACCUGCACCUGCUGGCCGAGGGCUUGCCCAUCGACUGGGGAGAGGAGUACGGCGACAGUGGUGGUGACAGGGGCGAGGGUAGCUGCAGCCCUGGCUCCCCAGAAGCAGCCACCCUCUCGGAAAAGCGACGGCGUGCCAAGCAGGUGAUGUCCGUGGUCCAGGACGAGGACACAGGGCUGCCUUUCCAGGCUGGCUCUGAGCCGCCGUCACCUGCGUCCCCGGACAGUGUCACCGAGGUCCGUAGCCUGCUGUCCCAGGAUCUGCGAGCUGAGAGCCCUCCACCAGAAAGUUCCCUGCUCAAUGGAGACCCUGCCCAGGAGAGUCCCCAGCCCACGGUGGCUCCCAGGGCCUCCUCGCCACCCACCUCACCUGCUCAGCAUCUCCCACCUGGAAAGGCUGUGGACCUUGAGCCCCCCAAGCCCAGUGACCAGGAAACAGGGGAGCAGGUGUCCAGCCCCAGCGGCUGCCCCCGCAUCCACACCACCACCGAGGACGGUCUGGGGAUGCAGACGGAGUUCUAGGCUGGUCGCCCCUUCUGCUGGACACGGCACCCGGCCCCUCCCUCUGAGGCGCUGGCGACGGCACCCCAUCUGUGCCCUGUGGUGGAGGCGGGGCAGGUGGCGUGGCACCGUGGGGUGGGGCCCACCUGAGUCACUUUUCUGGGUUCAGUCCCUUCUCCCUGCCUUCUCCCUGCGGGCUGAUCUCAGGCGCAAGUUCUGGUUUCGAGGAUUUCUUCUGUGCUGGGGGCUGGACACUUCGGGAGCCCCUCCGCCCGCCCUCCUGCUCUUGCCGUCCUCCUCGGGAGAGGGAGACUGAGUGUCGGGUGCUGCGCCACGGAGCCUGGGAAGCUGGUCGAUGGCCCCGCAUGGCACCUGGCCUGUGGCACUGGGUGGCGGGGGGAGGCGGAGCACUGAGGCCCUGCCUCUUGUCCUGUCCCCUCCUCAGCCUCCCUGCCGGGCCCCAGAGGCCAGUCCCAGGGUGGAUGCAGACCUGGCACCGGCUGCACUGAGGGAGGCGGAGGGGGCUCUUCGGGCCUGAGCAGGCGGGGUGCUGGAGGAGGGGGAGGUGUCGGGCUCUCAGGGGAGAGGGGCUAGGGGCCUGGGUGGAGGAGAAAGGCCUAGAAUGUGCUGGUCUGUUGAGGGGAAGUGUCCCGAGGGGAGGAAGUAGGUGGCCUCUGUCAGAGGUUACAGUCACCUGAGCAAGAAGCCGAGAUGGCAAAGUGAGGGCUGCUGGAGCCAGAGUGGGGGGCUCUAGCUCCCCAUGUCUCCCAGGCCAGCCCGGCUCCUUCCUGCUCCCCGGUGUCCCCCCUCCCUCAGAGGCAGGGCUCAGGGGCUGGACUGUGCCCACCGGAGCUGGAAGGGGCUCCCCAGGAACAGAGGGAGGCUCCCGAGAACCCCCAGGAUCUGGAGUCGUCUGAGCUCGGCCUCAUCCUAAUCUCCAGGCCUCUCCCGCAGUGUCCCCGUGAAUCACUGUGGGCUUAGCCCUUGUCCCUUCCAUCUGUUCCUGGUGUGAGGGGCAAGUCCGUCCCCAGGGUCUCCCCUGUCACUGUGAGGGGAGGGUGGGUUGGGCAGGAACUCUCUCUGCCGUGUCCCUGGGUGGUCGUGUGUCCCAGCCCUGCAGCCUCCAUGCCCUGGACGUACUUCCAGGGCAGGGGCCUGAGACCCCCAGGAUGGCGCUCACAGGUGCUCAGGGACCCCAGUCCCCAGCUCUGAUCUUGGUCACGUCACUAACCUCUUCUGAUCUCUCCUAGUGCCUUGGGGGUUUCGAUCAUUGUUCCCAGAUACGGUAUCAAAGAUCCUAUGCAAACUCUUAAGCUUCGCUAAUCAAUAAACGCUUUAUUUAAAGCCA